UCAAAUGCGCUAAAACAAAAGUACUAGAAUGGAAACAUAUCGCAGUGUUACCGAUAGUUAAUUCUAAUAAAAAUGCAUUGUAAUCGUAAUCCGUUAUUGGAAGCUUUAAAUCGCGUAUUUACUAAAUACAAUAAUAAAUACUUGCAGCCGGAAGAAGCGAAGUGAAAAAAAAAACACCACACUGACUAAUUAUCAUGAAAAGAUGGUCAGUCGAUUUGUUGUCGCUUAUACGCGUGUUAACACGAUAUCAGUGCACUGGUUGUUCACGCGCGCAUCCCUAGUUGUUGCCCCCAUUAAAAAACACGCAGCGCAAAAAUAAAAUGCGAUUUUUUAGUUCUGCCGCGUAGAUUACGAAGCCGUUUAAAGUAUUAAAUUACACAAUAAGUUGAAUUAUUUACGUGUUCAUAUUUUAGUCUAGUAUUAUAAAAUUAUUGGUUUUGAUCGCAAAUCAACUGAAACGAUACAAAUACUAUUAUUACAUUAUAUGUCCAUUUUUGGUGAAUAAUUUUGCCAAACGAAAAUCAGCACAAACGCAGCAAACGCAAUGAAAUGAAAUUGAAUUGGCUAAGCGAAUACUUGGCCAACAUAAUAAACGUUAGUCGUAUAUACGACGCUAUUGCACGCCCAUUCGCUGAGGUACGCCUGGAACUGCUCACCCCUCAAGCUAUCUAUUGCCGCAUCAAGUCCACAUCGGCUGAAGCGCUGGAGCAUAUACUGAUUGCAUGUGCGGUAUACUUUCUAGUAUGCCUAGGCCUAUACAAGCUGACCUUUUGGCUAUCGGUGACAGGCGCCCCAGUCGCAAGGAAGAAACAGCAGCAACAGCAACGGCACAAUGUCAACGCAAACGACGACAAGAACGGUUUACGAAAUACCUUACAAAAAUCUCUACGUUUACGUAGCGUUCAUCUGCCCAAGGCUGCGUUAAUGGGCAGAGUACUUUUGGUCAUCGCACAUCCGGAUGACGAAUGCAUGUUUUUUGGUCCGCUGAUCUACUCGCUGACACAGCGUGAUGGCUGUCAGGUGUACGUGUUAUGCUUGUCGAAUGGCAACUAUGAGCAAAAGGCUCAAUCGCGUCGAGAGGAGCUAUUUCGGGCAUGCAAGCGUUUGGGCAUUGCCGAAUCGAAUGUUAUAUUGGUGAAUGCCACCUAUUUGCCAGAUGAUCCGAAUGUUGAAUGGCGGCCGGAUGCGGUUGCCAGCCUUAUAUUGCAUACUGUUGAGAGUCUUGAUAUAGAAGCGAUAUUCACCUUCGAUCGCGAUGGGGUCAGCUCGCAUCCCAAUCAUUGUGCUGUGUAUUAUGCGGCCGCUUCUUUGUGUUUAGCCAAUUUAUUGCCCAAGGCUUGUAAGUUUUACACACUAGACUCGAUCAAUUUGGUACGCAAAUAUUUAUCCGUCUUCGAUUUUCUAUGUACAUGCUUUAUGUCUACGCAUUGGUGCAUACUCAAUUGGAAGGAGGCGUCAGUGGUCAGAGGCGCCAUGAUGGAGCAUCGCUCUCAAAUGAAAUGGUUCCGUUGGUUAUAUAUCUACACAUCGCGCUACAUGUAUAUCAAUUCGAUGCGCGAAAUAAAUCUUUCGGAUGUCGAGCUGGAAAUGCAAAUUCAUGAUAACUAGAAAUUGGGCCGGUUACAGCACAAUUGCGAAUAUUAUUUGUUUUUGCAACGAGUUUAAUGAAUCUAAUGUGAAGAAAUGAAAAAUAACCAAAAAACAAACUACCUUCAUAAAUGAAUGCUUGACCGCAGCGUCGAGCUUAGCUACUUUUUUGACACUGACGAUUCUAUACUAUUAUUAUAAUUAUGUUAUAACUUUAAAGCGUAAGCGUUUUGAUCUAGCCAAAUUCGACUGCUUUUUGAUACACACAUGCAAGAUGUUGAACGUGAAAAGUAAACGAAACCAAAAGGGAACAACAAUUACGUGUAAACCGAGAUAUUGAAACCAGAUGCAAUCCAGAAUUAGUCACACACAAACACAUGCACUCGUACAUACCUACAUAUACAUAUCUACAUAUGCAAAAUAUUGAUUAGAUGUUAGCUCAAAAACUAUUUUUAUAUUCAACAUCCACAUGCGAUCUUAUGUUUCUGAAGCUUGCAGUGAACCAACUGUAGUAUGAUGCUAAUAAUUAUGUUAACGUUUGUUAUGUUUGAUUAUGAUUAAUUUACGUUUCAUAUAUUUGCUUGUUUCUACAUUUAAUUCCCUCCUUAGCAAACAAGACUCAAUAUUUAUUUCUUGUGUAUGUAAAUUUGUAAAAUAGUUUGUUGUAAGCAGCGAAGUACAAUAAUUUAAAUACAAAUGUAUAAACUGACGAUUGGGGGUCGUUAAAUAGUCUAUAAUGAGAGAGAUUCAUAGAUGCUUAGCAACAAUAAAUGUUGAAUAUUGUGUAUUUUGAAACAAA